UGUGUCUGUUUGUGCCACCGAUAGAAGAGAGAUGUUUGGUAUAAAAGUUUGUUCAAGUUGGCUUAUCAAAUCAGAAUUAACUUGCAACGUUCACUGAACAGUUAAGUCACUCCCUCACAACAUACAGUCAAAUAUGAAGUUCGCUAUUGCUGCCGUAGUCGUGUUGGCCCUUACCAUGGGUGCUCAAUCAUCAUUGAUUGCUGGAAUUCCCGGACUUGUAAGUCCUUUAGGAUCCAUCGAUAUUGCUGGUCCCGGACAAGUUUUGGCUCAAGGACCUGGAAUCUUAGGAUUGGGAUUGGGUUUGGGUGGUUUGCCAGCUGCUGUGAACAUUGCCGGUAGUCCUUUGAUUGCUCACGGUGCUAUCCCAGCUAUUGCUGCUGGUAUUCACGGAGUUGGUGCAACUUAUGUUGCUCAAACUCGUGGUGCUGUACACACUGCUCCAUUGGCUGGACACAUUCAAUCAGCUGCAUCUGUUAACUUGGCUCCUGCACCAGGAACUAUUUAAAUUUGAUAAUAAAAUGAAAUAAACGGAAGCACACAAAGUCUCCACGAACACUGCCAUCGAUAUUAUACUAUGUAAAUGACAAACGCAACGACAACCAAUACCUGCAUAAUCUCAUGUUAUUUCUUGUUAAUAAUUUUUUAAGUUCAUAAAUGAUCUAUCAAUAUUAUACGUAACUAGCAAACUCAAGCGAAAAGUAAAUAAAAUUAAAGACUCAAAAGCAAU